UUUUGGUUUUUGCCUUUCGUUAGCCCUUCAUUCUCACGCAAUCGAUCCGGGCUCAGGGAGAAUCUUGUUAGUUUCUAGUGUUUUAUUUGUGAUUUCCUCGUGCGUUCGACUGAUAUCAGCCCUUAGCAAAAAACUGCGAAAUCAACAACGAUGACUAUCAGCUAUCUGUUACGUUCUCGUCCGCCGUUGGCGGCGGCAAAGUCAGUUUUAGAAAGCUUGAAACACUGCUUUGCGAGUAACGCAGUUUUUGCUGAGCAUCAGAAACUAGAAAAGAUUCGAAAUAUCGGUAUAUCGGCACAUAUUGACAGUGGUAAGACAACGUUGACGGAGCGUAUUUUGUUUUACACCGGUCGCAUUAAGGAAAUGCACGAAGUCAAGGGAAAGGACAAUGUCGGCGCGACCAUGGAUUCGAUGGAGCUGGAACGACAGCGUGGAAUCACGAUUCAAUCUGCUGCAACAUAUACGAUCUGGAAAGACCAUAACAUUAACAUAAUCGAUACGCCGGGUCACGUGGAUUUUACGGUGGAAGUCGAGCGAGCAUUGCGUGUGUUGGAUGGAGCGGUUCUGGUGCUAUGUAGCGUGGGAGGAGUUCAGAGCCAAACUCUGACCGUUAAUCGACAGAUGAAAAGAUACAAUGUUCCCUGUCUGGCUUUCAUAAACAAACUGGAUCGAGCAGGUGCUAAUCCCUACAGGGUCCUAGGUCAAAUGCGCUCCAAGCUGAAUCACAAUGCAGCGUUCAUCCAGCUUCCUAUCGGAGUGGAAAGCAACUGUCAAGGGAUUGUUGAUUUGGUGAAACAGAAAGCACUCUAUUUUGAGGGACAGCUUGGACUAACGGUGAGGGAGGAUGAUAUUCCACAGGAUAUGCGAGUGGAAUCUAACGAACGUCGGCAUGAACUUAUCGAGCAUCUUUCAAACGUUGACGAUGCCAUAGGAGAAUUUUUCUUAGAAGAAAAAACGCCAUCCGAGCAGGAUAUUAUGGCUGCCAUUCGAAGGACAGCUUUAAAGAGAACUUUCACGCCAGUACUGGUUGGAACAGCCCUGAAGAACAAAGGUGUGCAACCUUUGUUGGACGCAGUGUUGAAUUACUUACCUCAUCCUGGGGAAGUUGAAAAUAUCGCACUGAUUGAGAAAAAAGGCGAAGAGCCGGAGAAAGUCAUUAUGAAUCCUGCUCGUGAUGGGAAGGAUCCGUUUGUGGGAUUGGCUUUUAAACUAGAAGCUGGACGAUUUGGUCAGUUGACUUACCUUCGGUGCUAUCAAGGUGUGCUGAAAAAGGGUGACAGCAUAUUCAACGUUCGUUCAGGAAAGAGAGUUCGUUUGGCACGGUUAGUGCGUUUACACUCAAACAAUAUGGAAGAUGUGAAUGAGGUAUACGCUGGAGAUAUAUUUGCUCUGUUUGGAGUGGAUUGUGCCAGUGGCGACACAUUCGUGACGAAUCCAAAGCUAGAAUUAUCCAUGGAAUCCAUUUUUGUGCCCGAUCCCGUAGUUUCAAUGGCAAUUCAUCCGACUAACACCAAAGACCGGGAUAAUUUCUCUAAAGCGAUUGCCCGAUUCACCAAGGAGGAUCCUACGUUCCGAUUCACAUACGAUGCGGAUGUUAAAGAAACUCUGGUGUCAGGGAUGGGUGAACUACACCUCGAAAUCUAUUCUCAGAGAAUGGAGCGCGAAUACAAUUGUCCGGUGACGUUAGGUAAACCAAAGGUGGCUUUCCGUGAGACCCUGAUUGCUCCUUGUGAGUUUGACUAUCUUCACAAGAAGCAGUCUGGUGGUCAGGGUCAGUAUGCCAGGGUCACUGGUAUACUGGAGCCACUUCCACCUCAUCAGAACACUGACAUCGAAUUCGUUGACGAAACCAUCGGAACCAACGUGCCAAAACAGUUCAUACCCGGCAUUGAAAAAGGUUUCCGACAAAUGGCUGCAAAGGGUUUGCUCUCAGGUCAUCGACUGUCCGGCAUCAAAUUUCGCCUGUUGGAUGGUGCACAUCAUAUCGUAGACUCUUCCGAGUUGGCAUUCAUGUUGGCAGCGCAGGGAGCGAUUAAGGACGUGUUUGAGAAUGGUAGCUGGCAGAUUUUGGAACCAAUAAUGCUGGUUGAGGUUACGGCUCCGGACGAGUUCCAGGGUACGGUUAUAGGACAGCUGAAUAAGCGACAUGGAAUCAUUACGGGAACGGAAGGCGCGGAAGGUUGGUUUACGAUUUACGCCGAAGUCCCGUUGAACGAUAUGUUCGGUUAUGCUGGAGAGUUGCGAUCGAGCACGCAGGGCAAAGGCGAGUUCAGUAUGGAGUACAGUCGGUAUUCGCCGUGCAUGCCAGAUAUCCAGGAGAAGCUGGUAAGCGAUUAUCAGGCCUCGCAGGGAAUUGUGGUGGACAAGAAACAGCAGAAGAAAAAGAAUUGAAUCGUUCAGGGACUGUUGGAGGAACGUGCGGGUGUAGAUGUGUAUAUAGCUAGAAUAUGAUUAUAUUAUUGUAUCAUUAUCAUGGUAUGUUACUGAUUGGAAUGACAGUAUGUUCAGACUCUA